AUGCAAAAUGAAGGACACAGAAAAGCAAAAAGAGAAUCAAGUCACAGUCAUGGGGUCCGUUUCAGGGGUUGCAAGAACAUCCAGAUUGGAUUUGAGUGCAGUCUCGGAGAGUAGAGUAAGCGUCUUCAGCUGAUCAAUGUACUCCUGAGUAUCAAGACGAACUUGAUGGCGGAUCUUGUCAUCGUCAGUUUUACCAGCACCUCCAGCUUGUUGAGCUCCCCCGACAGCACGAGCCACUCGGAGACGUCGUAA